AGUGACAUUUAGAGAAGUUAUCAGCCGGCUGCACAGAUUACUGAAGCUGAUCGAUGCAAUCACGGCUGAUAUGGAUCCGUUUGAGUUCAGCUUCCAGUCGAAGGUCUCGUCCUUCACUGCACAUCAGCAGAUCUCUAUCAGACAGCCGGUUACACAUUAAACCGGACGGCUGCUGCAGGUGUGUGGACAGGUGAACCUUCGCUGAGCUGCAGUCAGUCGCCGUGAAGAUGAAGAUGAGGUUGGAACUCUUCCUGCUCAUCGCUGCGGUGAGCUGCGCUGCCGGCAAGCCGCUGAGCAAGGCAGCGGGGAGGAACAAGCUGCUGCUCAUCUCCUUCGACGGCUUCAGGUGGGACUACGACCAGGACGUGGACACGCCGAACCUGGACCAGCUGGUAACGGACGGGGUCAAGGCCAAAUACGUCACCCCCCCAAUGCUGACCAUGACCUCCCCGUCCCACUUCACCACCAUCACUGGGAGAUGGGUGGAGGAUCACGAAGUCGUUCACAACAUGAUGUACAACGCCAAGACAAACCAGAAAGUUCCUCACAAGCAGACUCUGAGCAGAUCAGAGUGGUGGGACAACGGAGUUCUGCCGUUAUGGAUCACAGCUCAGAACCAGGGUCUAAAAACUGCUUCCUUCUACUACCCAGGAGGCGGGGCCAACUACAGCGGCCAGGCGGUCAACCGAGCGCUGGUGGAGACAUUUGACCACGUGGAUGACAACGAGACAGAGUGGCGUCAGAACAUCGACAUGGUGAUGAGCUGGUUCUCCGAAGAAGACUUCCACCUGGUGACGCUGUACUACGGAGAGCCGGACAAUGUGGGCCACGCCAAAGGGCCGGACACUCCAGACAGGAAGAAGAUCAUCCAGCAGAUCGACCGCAUCAUCGGCUACCUGAGGGAGGCCAUUAAUCGCCAUAAACUGACGGACAGCCUGAACGUCAUCCUCACCUCUGACCACGGCAUGACCACUGUUAAAAAGCGACCGCAGGUAGACGAGAUCAUCCUCAACAAAUACCUUAAUUUACUCAAGCUCGCCAGCUUUGAGAUCCUCGACUACGGUGGCUUCGGCAUCCUGACGCCGCGUCCGGGGAAGGAGCAAGAGGUUUUCGACGCUCUGUCCAACGCACCGAAUCUGACAGUCUACAAGAAAAACGAGCUUCCUGAGAGCUUCCGUCUCGCCAAAAGUGAGCGGCUGCCUCCCAUCGUGGUCGUCGCAGAUCUGGGAUUCAACCUGAACUCUAGAUUCAUCGUCUACGUCAACAAAGGCGAUCACGGCUACCACAAUGGAGAGAUGGACAUGAAGACCAUCUUCAGGGCCUUCGGACCCGACUUCAAGAAGAACUUCCUGUCUGAGCCGUUCGACAGCAUCCACGUUUACCCUCUGAUGUGUAAACUGCUGCAGAUCGAACCGGCGCCGCACAACGGAUCACUGACUGUAACGGAGAACCUACUGCUGCACAGUGGUGGAUCUCAGAGAGCUCGACUGUCUGUCGCUCUGCUGCUGUCAGUGCUUUCCUUCAUGUUCACUGCGCUGUAACAGGUCCAAGAUCAGACCUCCAGGUCCAGGAUCAGACCUCCAGGUCCAGGAUCAGACCUCCAGGUCCAGGAUCAGACCUCCAGGUCCAGGAUCAGCUUCCAUCACCUCAUCUGAAACAUCUGCUUUAAUGGGUUUUAAUCUUGUGCACAGCUGUCUCAGACAUCACGUUAUUAUAUUAGGUGAACUAUUCUGUGUAAUAUUUAUACACAACACUAACUUAUGAUUUCUACUUUAUUUUUCUACAAGUGAUUUACUGUUUGAUGCAGUUGAUGAACGUCAGUUGUUUAGUGUUGGCUUUGUGCAGAUUCCUGUAAUAAAUGAAGAUUUAUUAACUUUU